AUGGGUCGCGCCUCCAAGGACAAGCGGGAUAUUUACUACCGCAAGGCCAAGGAGGAGGGCUAUCGUGCGCGGAGUGCCUACAAACUCCUCCAAAUCCACGAGGAGUUUAAUUUGUUGGACCCGGCGCUCAUCACGACGGGGGUGGUGGAUUUAUGCGCGGCCCCCGGGAGUUGGUCGCAGGUCCUCGCCGCCAAACUUCUCCCCCCCUCCCCCAAAGAGGCCCGGGAGGGGGAAAAGCGAUCGCGAUCGGAGGGCGAGGCCUCCCCGAACGAAGCCCCGGCGGGUGCCAUCCACCAAACGAGCGAUACGCCGGGAAUGGGGGGGGAGGACGGGGAUUUCAACGCUUCCGCGCGUGCGCGACGCCGGGCGAGGCCGGUGAUCAUCGCCGUGGAUCUUCAGGAGAUGGCGCCGAUCGAGGGGGUUCGGAUUUUGCAGGGCGACAUCACCAGCGCGGCGACCGCGCGCGCGAUUAUUGACUUGCUGAACCCCCACGACACCGCCGCUUCCUCGGACGACGACGCACCCAACGAAGAAGAAAAGCCCAAGGAGGCCGUGAAAACCGAAAGGGAAAGGGCGAAAAGGGGCUUUGGAGAAAGUCGGGCGGAGCUUGUGGUGUGUGAUGGGGCCCCGGACGUCACCGGGAUGCACGAGCUCGACGAGUACCUCCAACACCACCUCCUCCUCGCCGCGUUGAAUCUGUCGACCUUUAUUUUGCGCCCCGGCGGGAGUUCCGUGUCGAAGAUCUUCCGCGGCCCGAAUACCGGCUUUCUCAUCGCGAAGUGCGAGACGUUCUUUCGCGAGGUUCGCGUGGUCAAGCCGAAGUCCUCGCGAAACGCGUCGAUGGAGGGGUUUUUGGUUUGCCAGGGGUUUUUUAUCCCGGAGGGCUACGUCCCGCGGUUCUUGACCUGCGCCCGAGGAGAGACCACGUUGAGUGCGAAGUUAAAUCCCAAAGAACAAGAACACGAAGAACAAGAAGAAGAAGAAGGUUUGCAUGGCGAAAAUAACAACCUCGGCGUCUUUAUGGAGGCGCGGGAGGCCUUGCAGGGGCCGGAUUACGUCUACGCGACGGGAUUGAGGCCUCCCGCGGGGGUAAAAAUGCCGGAAAACCCGCCGCCCUGUCAACAUUCGUCCGAAGAAGGCGGCGACGUGCGAUCGCGUGUGAUUCUUCCUUUUCUUUCGUGUGGGGAUCUUUCGGGGUAUGAUGCGGACAUGUGUUAUGACCGGGAGGAGGGCGUGGCGGUCCUUUCCCCGGUUCAACCACCAUUAAUGGCGCCUUAUUUGUCCACAAUGGCGGUUUAA